AUGCCACACCGACCCACAAAGGAGGAGUUACUUGCAGCGGCAACUGGGUUCUGGUCACGGCUGAAAGUCCGGUUUAAAUGGUUUUCGAUCAGAAGCGCGAGGCCAUGGAACGCUGAUGAUUGGAGUGCUUUCGUUUCUUGGUUUGUGCUCGGAAAUAUAGUUUGGAUCUUCGUGGGAACAACUACCUUUUUUUCCUUAGUGAUUUUCUCCAUAAAUACUGUAUUUGCACAAGAAACUCUAGCAAGAUGGAUUGGUGAUGGGCUGACUAAAUCAGCCGGAGUCAAGGUUGUCUUUGAAUCUGCUAUUGUACCGAAAUGGAACGACGGGGUAAUUACAUUCCACAAUGUUUUCGUUUCCCGGAGACCAGGCCAAGGAAAGGCCAAAGUAAAGAAGGGAUCAUCCAUCACCGCGGCAGCCGCUGCAGCUGCAGAAAGACAAGCUGAAUUGGAGGCCCGACAAGGAGAGGAAGAAGACACAAAUUAUACGCAAUUUGACUUGACGAUCAACACUGUCAACGUCACACUGUCGUUCGCGAAAUGGUGGAAUGGAAAGGGACUUUUGCGGGAUGUCGAAAUCAAAGGGAUACGUGGUGUAAUUGACAGAACUUCAGUUGAAUGGGGGGACGAAUACAUUGACCCGAGAACGUACCGACAUGAACACAACCCAGGGGAUUUCGAGAUAGAUUAUUUCAAAAUGGAAGAUCUACUCGUUACUAUACACCAGCCGAAAGGAUUCAGGCCCUUUUCAGUCAGUAUUUUCUCCUGCGAACUGCCGCAAUUAAGGAAGCAAUGGCUCUUCUACGACUUUUUGUCCGCGAACAACAUGUCUGGAGCUUACGAUGGAUCGUUGUUCACGAUUCAUCCACGCCAAAUGCAUGGAUUUGCAGGCGAUCAACAAGAUGACGAUGGGGAGCCAAAUCCGUGGAAGAAACAAAGCAGGCUCCGAAUAGACGGAUUGAAAAUCGACCAUCUGAACAGAGGAGUCGACGGACCCUUUGGCUGGAUUCAUGAAGGCAACGUGGAUAUGGUAGCGGAUGUCAUGUUCCCAGCAGAGACCGACGACAGCAUCGCAAAAGUGAUGUCAGAUUUCUACGAUCGAAUGGAAGCAACAGUAACCUCAAACCGAUAUUUGCACAUCCUAGAAAACAAUCCCCAUACUGCGGAUCUCGAUUCCCAUGAAGAACGAGCCGCUUUUAAGGAAAGGAUGAGCCGAGAAGAUGAUAAACGUUUCUUAGUCAUGGACCUUAGAGUCCACCUCAACGACGUGAAAGCCGCCGUACCUCUAUUCACACGCGAUCUUUCAUACACGAACCAAGCCCUCAUCAGACCUAUUGUCGCCUAUAUCAACUCCCGGAAGACCUUCAUCCCCAUAAACUGCCGGAUCGUGAAACGAGCGAGCGAGUUCGACGGUAGCUGGACAAUCUUUGACAGUGGGUUGAUGGAAGACCUGUCAGCUGAAACUUACGAAGCCUUUGCAAAGGACGUCGUGGAUAGCCAGCAACGAAUGAGGAGACUGAAGAAAGUGGGCUUCUGGUCGAUUUCUCUCGCCAUCCAGGCACUGUUUAUGGGCAUGGCAGGCAACAUUGCCUGA